AUGAUUUUUCAGUCUGUGGGUGUCAACUAUUACAGCGUUAUUGUCGUGCCGCAAGAUCUAGCCGCGCACAAUAUAGCUACUCUCACCACUCCGGCUCUGGAAGAAUGUUUCGGUUCUGAAGACUAUAUCCCUGGGAGAAUCGACUGGCAUGCCCUCGUUUCCAAUAUUACAUCUGGCAACUAUGAGCGGCUGACCCUCGAGCAAUGCGCGGAUUUUACAAAAGGUGUGAAUCAGGCGGGAACAAAAUCGAUUCUUGCGCUUGCGGAUGGUUUAUUCGUGGACCAAGGUGGCGACGCUACUAUCCUUGGGACGGACUGUCUCGAGGACGAUGUAUUUGCCUGGCCUUUUGCAGGCAAGGACGUUGUGCUCGGUCUUCCUGGACGUGAUGGGACGCAGUACUAUGACUGGCGAAAUUUCACGGAGGAGAAAUGCAUCCACCAUAUCUUUUCUUCUGAGAAUACUGCUACUUGCUCGGAUGCCACGAACUUACUACAAUGGGUACAUGAGAGGGAUUCGACGACCAGCGUGCAAACAGUUGACAAGUACAUGAGCUCGCACGAGAUUUCAAACAUCACGGUCCAUCUUGCCGAGGUGUGCGAGCCAACCAUCGGGAGCCGCACGUAUAGCAUUCAGGGAUGUCUCGCAGUAAAAACCCCGGAACGAUGCCAGCUGCUUUACAGCCCACCUUUCGCAAUUGUUAUUGUCCUCACCACGCUGACAAAAGUGACGACAAUGUUUCUAUCGGCCCGAAUAAGCAGCUCCCGAGCAAAACCUUUCCUAGUCAUCGGCGAUGCCGUGUCAUCAUUUAUGCUCAGACCUGAUCCCACCACCGAAGGCAAAUGCUGGCUCUCCAGCGCCGACAUUCGCCGCGAGAACUAA